AUGACGGAAUCAAGACAGACACAGUAUAAGAAUAUGGGGAAAGACAGUGAAGCCCUAAGGAAGAAUCGCGUCGAAAACAUAGUGUCGAUUCGGAAAGACAAACGUGAAGAAACGUUGUCGAAAAGGCGAAACAUCAACAACCUUACUGAUUCACAAGAAUCAGAUGAUGCGUCAACAAGCGCGAGUGGAUUUACCCCGAUGGCGCAAGAUAAGGCAUCGCUGCUGGGCAUUGUGCGUAACGCAAAAAGUACCGAUCACGCGGUUCAAAUGAGCGCCGUACAGCAGGCGAGAAAGCUUCUUUCCUCUGACAGGAACCCCCCUAUUGAUGAUCUUAUCGAAUCGGGGAUUUUACCGAUUUUGGUAGAUUGCCUUCGUUCUUCAAAUGUUAACCUCCAGUUUGAAGCGGCCUGGGCGCUAACCAAUAUAGCUUCGGGUACUUCUCAGCAAACCAAUGCGGUUGUUCAAGCUGGUGCCGUGCCUCUUUUUCUUGAAUUGCUGUCAUCGGGCAACAUGAAUGUGUGUGAGCAAGCGGUUUGGGCUCUUGGCAACAUUAUUGGAGAUGGGCCUCACUUUCGAGACUAUUGUAUUCAACUUGGUAUUGUUGAACCGCUUUUAAAAUUCAUAUCACCGGAUAUUCCUAUUGGAUUUUUGCGAAACGUAACAUGGGUUAUGGUCAAUCUCUGUCGGGCCAAGGAUCCACCGCCGACUCCAGAAGUUGUCACUACUCUUUUACCUGCUUUGGCGCUAUUAAUUCAUCAUAAUGACCAAAAUGUUUUAGUGGAUACAGUCUGGGCACUUUCUUAUCUUACUGAUGGCGGCAAUGAACAAAUUCAAAUGGUCAUUAAUAGCGGGGUCGUUUCCUACUUGAUUCCACUGCUGUCUCAUCCAGAAGUUAAGGUUCAGACUGCAGCUCUUCGUGCCGUUGGCAAUAUAGUUACUGGCACGGAUGAGCAAACUCAGUUAGUGCUUGAUUGCGGAGUUCUUCAGCAAAUGCCAGCUUUACUCACUCAUCAAAAGGAAAAAAUCAAUAAGGAAGCGGUAUGGUUUUUGUCAAACAUAACUGCUGGAAAUCAGGCUCAAGUUCAAGCAGUCAUAGAUGCUGGACUUAUACCAAUGAUUAUCCAUCUGCUAGAGAAAGGUGAUUUCCAAACGCAAAAGGAGGCUGCCUGGGCCGUUUCGAAUGUUACAAUAUCCGGCUGUGCUGAGCAGGUCGAGUUUAUGGUUCAGCAUAAUGUCAUUCCUCCAUUUUGCGCUUUGCUCUCUAUUCGUGAUCCGCAAAUAGUGCAAGUAGUACUGGAUGGUUUAAAUAACAUCCUAAAGAUGGCCGGACCGAAAACGGAUGCUGUGUGCACUAUGAUCGAGGAAUGUGGAGGUUUGGACAAAAUAGAGCAUUUGCAAAACCACGAAAACGAAGAAAUUUAUAAGUUGGCUUACGAAAUAAUUGAUAAUUAUUUUUCAUCUGAAACGGAUGACGAUGCGGUGGUUACAAGUUCUGGGCAGUUUUUCGAUGCCACUCAGCAGAAUGUGCCAUCUGAGGGCUUUUCAUUUCAUUAG